GCUCUAUGCAUGGAGCAAUAACUAACACCAACAUUACGGAAAUAAGUCUGGUAUUGAAUAACUGUAUAUCCUGCUCAGAAAUAAUGUAGUCUUCAUUUUGAAACAACAGGGGUUCGGUGGCAUCAUUAAUAUCAUGACUUAUGAUAUUGAUGUGCAUGUUCACACACGUUAUACCCUGAUAGUCGGUGUACUUUUGCGUGCAGUGUUAGUUUUCUUCCUCCAUGAUUCAAGAGACAGUGUCUUUAACAAAAUAAGAUAUUGAUAACAUGACGAGUGUACGUAGAGCUUCCGGGAACAGUGAUCGUUUGCGGGAUUCGCACGGAGAUCCACGCCGUGUGAAACGUCAAAGUGACGGCAUGGAUGAACGGCCACGACCUGGUGGUGUUUGCUUUAUGUAUUCGAGGAUCCUGGCCCGUUUCUGGUACGUGAUCUGCCUGCUCGUUUUCCUGACGGUGGGGGCGUACACCGCUUUGUCGUUGACAGCGUACGAGCUUCCGGACUUUUCAAACCCCUCGGAGGGCUUCGAGACGCGUGGUACCAUAAUAACAUCACGUUUUGUAAGUCUCGGAAACCUUGUGGAUGAUGAAGACCUAGUGAUGUCUCGCCCUCUAGCGGUAGACAAGAGCCAAACAAGAGUGAAACGACAGAUCGGAGCCGAUGCUGGUGUCCAGUUUUGUUAUUCCAUUGAAUAUUGGGGCGAGUUUGUUCCCGUCAUUGUGUUUGAGACAGUAGACGGCGGAAACAUGCUCACAACGUCGGCAAUCAAAUCGGUUUGCACUACCGGGGAACGGCUCGUCACGACCCAUCCCUCGUUCACGGCGAACUGCCUCUGUGUCGGUACCUACACGGACAGAGCAUGCCCUAGCACAUGGUCUUUAGGUAACUACAUAGCACUGUUCUCUAACAAGUCAUCGUGUGCGGAUAUAUCGGACGAGGAUGUUGCAUCCACUAUGGCUUUACUUCAACGAUGCGCAAAGUUUGUGCACAACGGAACGCGGUCAGAGCGUGAGUUUGAGUAUGCCGUACCCGGUUCGAUCCCUGCUGAAUGCAGUCAACAUAACUUUGCUGUCCACACUGUGCUGUAUUAUCUUCUACCGGCAGUUUUCACCAAGGGUAUACUAGACGGCGUGACACCAUUAGAGAGUCAAAUCACUGCCGUGUUUUACCCGAUAUACAGCCACCAGAGAGACACCUUAGAGACCAUCUUUACGGAGAACAUUAUGCCAGUUGCAUACGAAGAUGGGAUCACAACAAUCAAGGCUGUGGAGUUCUUCAUCAAAUUCAGACUGUUUUCCUCGAACCUCUUCGCAGAUAGUCUGUACAUGGGCAUUGGGAUAGGCCUCAUCUUCCUCUUAAUCUGGGUGUACACCGGGUCGUUUUUGGUUACCCUUGCGGCACUUUUCAACAUGAUAUUCUCAUUGGUCCUUGGGUAUUUUUUCUUCACUGUUGUCUUCAGCAGACCCUUCUUUCCGUUUGGGAACUUCAUGACCGUGAUCUUGAUUAUAGGCGUCGGUGCUGACGACACCUUUGUGUUUAUGGACUUAUGGAAGCAGUCGAGGGCAAAGCUUGGUAUCGAGGACCUGCCACUACUUGUCUAUGAGACGUUACGUCAUGCUUCGGUCACGAUGUUCGUUACAAGUGUGACUACAGCAGCUGCACUCUUUGCUACCGUCAUCAGUGACAUCACAGUGGUCAAAUGCUUCGCUGUUUUCGCUGGUACCUCGAUCAUGAUGAACCUGGUCUUGACUCUGACGCUGUUGCCUGCCGUCAUCGUUAUGCAACAUAAAAUAGCCGUCUGCUGCUGUGGAUCAAAAUCGCAGCGUUCAACACCCAACACUGAAACGAAAUGCACGAGUUGUCUAAACAUUUUGUUCAAACCGAUCACAGUAAUUUUUGAGCGCGUUAUCCCAUUCUUAGUGAGUAAACUUAGAUAUCUAUGGAUAACCAUUUUCACACUGUUGAUGAUAGGUGGCGCUGUUGUAAUAUUCUUCCAACCAGGGUUUCAACUUCCUUCCCAAGCUGAAUUUCAGUUCUUUGCAAGCUCCCACCCUUUUGAACUGUACGAUUUUGUUUACAAAGAUCAGUUCUCGUUCAGUGAGGAGAAUUUUCCUGAUGCCGAUGGUACCAUCAUCUGGGGCGUCCAGGCUGUGGAUAACGGGAAUCACUGGAAACCUGGCGAUUCUGGAACUUUAGCUCUAGACGAUAGUUUCCAGUUCUACGAGCCGGAACACCAAACGUGGAUGCUGAACUUCUGCGCAGAGCUCCGUAACCAAAGCUUUGUCAAUCCGGAUGAACCAGUGAGAUGCUUCAUUGAAAAUUUCAAAUACUACAUGGAAUUGAGCUGUACAAACCAAGACGUAUCCCCCUGCUGCAACCAAGUUGAUUUCCCGUAUGACCCCGCUCUCUUUGACGUCUGUCUCAACGCGUUCGCAACCAAUGGCCUUUUCCCGGAUCUUUACUUCCGGAGAAAUAACUCGGAACUCGCAGUUAUUGGAGUCACAUUCACCACACAAUAUCCUUAUACUUUUCUGUAUGAAUCAAAUGAUGAAUUCUGGCAGUCCGUAAAUCCCUGGAUGGAAGAGAAGAUCAGCUCAGCCCCGGAUCCAUUACAGAAUGGAUGGUUUAUUUCCAAACUCAACUACGGACUUUUAUUCUACGAUCUUCAGCAGAGUCUUGCAUCCGGAACACAAAUCUCUAUGGUCAUUACGUUGGCGAUAGCAUCCGGAAUCCUACUCCUGACCAUCCAGAAUGUCUUGAUAACAAUUUGCGCUAUGGUUACAAUAACAAGUGCUGUUUUUGUAACAGUAGCUAGCCUCGUUCUUCUUGGAUGGGAGUUGAAUAUCAUCGAAGCGACUAUCAUCACGUUGGCUGUUGGGUUAUCAGUUGAUUUCACCAUUCACUACGGUGUGGCAUUCAAGCUCUCUCCUAGCUCGGAUCGUGACCAACGUACUCGCUACUCAUUAACAACCAUGACGGCUGCUAUCACAAUAGCCGCUCUAUCAACCUUCAUUGCAGGGGCUCUGGUGCUGCCCGCUACGGUACUCAUCUACUACCAGUUCGGAGUCUUCCUAAUGCUCGUAGUCAGUGUCAGCUGGAGUCAUGGAACUUUCUUCUUUCAAACUCUUUGCAUUACAAUUGGUCCGCAAGGGAGUUGUGGCGACGUACCUUGCCUGCCAUGCUGUGAAUGCUGCAGGCUGGGCGAGAAGCCCAAGAAAGCUAUUAAGGUCAAACCGGCCCAUAGGUCCGCCGUUACUCAGAGUCAUGAUAACCCACUUGCAAGACAUAUUGUCACUGAAGAAAGAGUCCAGACUAUCAGUAGGGGUCUUGUCGAUGCUGCUCCUCUAGAGGGAUCUGUUUUUCUUGUGCAGAACAACAAAACUCAAACCAAUGGUCAUAUCCCUACCGGGCAGUACGGUGUUCCAGAACCUCGCACCAGCCAUCGUAACAGGUCCACACCUCAGGGUCACAGGAGAACAUCCGGCUCCCUUUGGCCACACGAUAACCAUGUGACCCGGGAACAAUAUGACAGAUAUGGAUCUCUUGGUCACAACCAAAGAGCAGUGGACCGCCGGUCAGUAGUGCCUAACGGGUCAGUAGUACCAAAUGGGGCGAACCACAGAACAAUGGCCCGUGAGUCAGUAGUGCAUGGGUCAAACCAAAGAGCACUGGCCCGUGGGUCACCAAACGGGGCAAUCCAAAGACACGCCUCGCAUGAAAACAUCUACGCUGGCGCACCAAACUUUAAUCAAGUUUACACACUUAACUCUGUGGUAGACUUUGACCGCUUGCCUCAGUCCUCUCAUCAAAGCCUACCAAGACCAAGCGUGCGAUAGUGGAUACACAACUUAAUGAUUGGACUUGUAUGCAAGUUUAUGUUUUAAACCACAGUCGUACCUGAGCUGAAACUCGGAUGAGGGUAAAUAGUUAACUGCUAAGCCAAAGUUAGCAGGAAAUCAGUCUGAACUGCACGUGUGACGUGGUACCUUUACCCUAUUGUAGUAAGCGAAAUUAUUUUUGUGUUGAACUACUCUUUGUGCAUAAAUGGAAUGUACAUGUUUGGUAACCACUCUUAAAGUUAUCGGCAAUACAACAUGUUGGUUAAAAGCCUAUAUAAAGCAGCUUUCGAUAAAAGCAAUUUGAGAAACAUUUUACUCCGAAGUUAUGUAUCUAUGGUUGCAUCCCAUAAGCUUCCCUGGGUCGACCCCGCGGUGCUCACUCGGGUGAGCCCCUGACAAGAGUUAAUCGAACUAUCACACUC